AUGGCUUCAAAAAAGUCCAAGACCCCUGCUGUCGACGAGAACAUCGACGAGCUUUUCUCUAGCAUCCGUGGCGACCCCAAGGCCGGCAAGGCCGCCCCCAAGAGCUCCAAGGCUGGUGUUGCCAAGGCCGGCGGCGACACGGACAUUCUGGCCGCUCUCGAGUCGGAACUCGCUUCUGCACCUCCCACCUCCCGUCCACAUACGCCCCGCCUCGUAGGAGCUGGAAAGCGACCGGUACCUGGUGCAUCAGUCGCCGAAGACAAGCGCAAGUCGACCGACAGCGCCCGCAGUGCCCGUGCCAGCUUCACGCCCAGUGCGACGAGCUCUGAGCUUCAGGAUGCCGAGAAGAAAGCCGUCGUGGAGCAGCCGCCUGCACCGAGCGGCGGCGGCUGGUGGGGUGGUAUCAUGUCCACCGCCAGCGCUGCCAUGAAGCAGGCCGAGGCCGCUUAUAAGGAAGUCCAGCAGAAUGAGGAUGCAAAGAAAUGGGCUGAGCAGGUAAGGGGCUUCAAGGGCCUGGAUAUUGGCGCCCUCCGCCAUUACGGCGACGAUUUGCGCCAUCGCGCACUGCCGACAUUCACAAACAUCCUGAACACCAUUGCCCCGCCCAUCAGUUCCCACGAGCGCCUCCUCAUUCACAUCACCCACGAUCUUGUCGGAUACCCAUCCAUGGAUCCUCUUAUUCAUGGUGUAUUCUCCCGCGUCAUGUCACAAGUCGAGGGCGGCGACUUACUUGUUGUGCAGCGUGGCCAAGAAAGCGGCUCACGCCGGGCCCGCGAGAGCAAUGCCGGCUGGCGAGAUGGCCCGUGGUGGCGUCAGUCUGACUCUGUACGAGAACUUGGUCUGAUCAAGGGCCUGACAGAGGGCACCAAACUCUGCCGCGCCAACGCAGAGGGCUACGCUGAAGAGUACUUGUCUGCCAAGGGAGGUGUAGAGCAAGCCAAAGCCAGGGCGACGGAAGACUUGAGCGAAAGCAACCCUGUACGAACCUCGGAUCUGUUUUUGGCCAUCCAAGCUAUCGAGACGGACGACGACGGAACCCUGUUUGCUCGCACCGCCUCAGCCGAAAAAGACAAGGAGGACAAGGCUGACAAGGAAGACGAUGAUGGCCACGUUUCGUUUGCCGUCUUUAUCCUCGACCCUAUCCACCAAAUCGAAUACGCGGCCGUCAGUCAGAGCAUUCCUGCAAAGUGGGCACGUUGGCUGGACACCAACACUCCUCUCACGCCCAAGUCUGGAGACGAGGAGCAGGCCGAGGUGGACUUGGCAGUCCCAGCGGAAAUCCGCGAUAUUAUUGAUAGCGGGGCCGUUGACCCCAGAGAAUGGGUUGCCGAAUGGAUUGAAGAGACUCUUUCGCUAUCCAUUGGCAUCGUGGCCCAGAGAUAUGUUGCUCGCCGAAUGGGAGUUGGCGAGGACAGCCUGGGCAAGGCCAAGAGAAAGAUGGAAGAGCUCGUGUAUGAAAAUGCAGGAGAGGCUGCUCGUGCAGGAGCUAUUUAA